CCGUGCUGAUAAUUUAAUUUGCUUUACAUUUUAAUACUGUAAUUAGGGCUAUUUAUUUAACAAAAGAUGUACUCAAAAGAAUGAGUCAAGUUCAGUUAUUUGCUAUAUGUAUUGGUGUUUGGUUAGUGAGUUCAGAAUCGUGUUUUGUCAGUGAGUCAGAUGUAACCCAUUACUUCUACAACCAAGCCAAUCCUUCAGAAGGUAUUCGGACGGACAUUUCCAAUGCUUCCGAUGUAACUCAAGCUGGCUUUUCACCAGAAAAAGAUACUUUUUUCUACGUCCAUGGUUGGAAUGACUAUUAUACUUCAACAAAAACUGUACAAAAAAUUAAGAACGCAUUGUUAAAAAAAUAUGACAUUAACUUUUUCGUAUUCGAUUGGAGCCUGGCAUCAAAUUCCACAUUUUAUAUAAGCUCCUUUCUACAGACUGAAAGGGUAGGUAGAUAUUUAGCAGACUUUAUGGAAAAAUUUUCUAUGACUGGUCUGCUGGAUUUUAAUAGAACUACACUCUGUGGUCAUUCAUUGGGUGCUCAUGUGGCUGGAGUUGCCGGUACUGAUCUAGGAGGAAGAUUAUACCAAGUAGUCGGUUUGGAUCCAACAUCAAUACUAUUUAGCCCUUUAAUAUCAUCAAAUCGAAUAGCGAAAUCCAGUGGACAAUUUGUAGAAAUCAUACAUACCAAUGGGCUGGGUAGUGGGUAUAUUCUGCCAAGUGGACAUGCGGAUUAUUAUGUCAAUGGGGGAUGGAUGCAGAUACCUUCCUGUGGUAUAGAGCUAUUUGGCACAUGCUCACAUUUAAUCGCUAUUGACUAUUACGUUGAAUCUUUACUAACGGGAAAUUUUAUGACAAAGAAUUGUCUAGUUAAUAUUUUGUUCAUUGGGCUAUUUUGCAAAGAAGUUUCUUAUAUGGGUGAAUAUAAUUUGGAUAGGAGGGCAAGAGGUUCCUACUUUUUAGAUACUAACGCAAAAUCUCCAUUUGCAAAGGGAUAUUAAUAUAAAUGCCUGGUAUACUACUGCCGUUCAAGAAUAAAUGUCGUAAAUAGAUGUUUUUUAAUCCAGUAAUGUCAGAUUUUUUCAAAUUAUUAUUUUAUAAACUA